UUCUAUCCCAAACUUUUCCACAGACAAGAGAAGAUCCAUCUCUCUCUCUUCUCUUCUCCUCUCUCUCCAUUGUUCAAAUUGAGCUGUCUUCACUUCCAGUGUCCCAUCGAAGAAGAGAAACUAGAAUCGUCACCCUAAAUGCUUCUUCUCUAGGGUCACUUUACCAAUCUCCCAAUUCUAGGUUAAUUUUGAUAACAACAUCAAAGCUUUCUAUGGACAAAGCUUCUUCACAAGAAUGUCCUUAUCCAGGAUGUUUCUUCUGUGUAAUGAAAGAAGGAAACCCAAACAAACGAAGAUCCUGCAUCCUCAAAUUCUUCCGUGACCUCCCUUCACAAGACGACGAUGGUCAAGUCCUCCCAAUAAGCGGUCUCUGGAACACAGCAAUGGCACACCCUAACGACCCUGAGUUCAUAGACCUCGGUAUCUUCGAGUGCAUGUCCGCUCUCAUCUGGAAAGGACUCAAAAACCGUCGCUGGCUAUCUCACGACCAGAACAUCUACAUCCCUUACUACGCAGCUCACAUCAUCGGUUCCUACACCAUGAACAUGGAGGAGUUUGCUGAGAGAGCUGUGGAGGCUGGAGUGAUCCCACCGCUCGUUGAGCUUUUGAGAGGUAGGCUUACUUGGGUUGAGCAGAGAGUUGCGGUUCGUGCUUUAGGGCAUUUAGCUACUUACCAAACAACUUUCUCUGCCGUUGCAAACCAUGGUGAGAUUCUUGAGUUGGCUAUACAGCUUGGGAUGAGUUCUUUGGAGAUUGUUUAUUCUCAUUUUUAUCAGUAUCCGGAUCGGAGGUUGAGUUAUCAUUGUGAUUUGCUGACACGUGGCAUGGGAGGUGUUGAGAUGGAGUCUAGAAAGGCUGAGGAGUGGGCUAGUCAGUUGCAGUGUUGGUCUCUUCAGUUGAUAAAUUGUUUCGCCUUUAAACCUGAGUUUUUGCCUACUUUGUGUAAGCCUGAGUUUUUAGUGAGUCUUCCUGUUAUGUGGGGAGGGCUUGUGAAUGAGAAUUCUCCAGCUGGGAUUGGUUUGCUUAGGACAAUCUGUCAGCAUAAACUCGGACGUGGACCUGUCUCUUCCUGUUCUGGAAUGAUGGAGGCGUUGUGUAAUAUCGCUCGCUCUUCUGAUGAUUGGCAGUAUAUGGCUAUUGAAUGUCUUCUUUGGCUGCUUCAGGAUCCGAAUACUUCUCACAAAGUGGUUGAUAAAGUUGUGCCAACGCUUGUGGAUUUAGCUGAGAUCACAAAUUUGGGAGAUCACAAGAAGCUUGGAGAUUCCAUUGUUAGUGUUCUUCAAGAGUGUAACUCCUCCAUGGGGAGCCGUUCAAGGGAGUUGAUAGAAGAGACGGUGAGUUCUAGACAGAGACUCAAGUGGGAGAAGAGUAUGCCUAAAGAGGAUCUUCACAUCAAGCAAGCAGCAGCUUUGGUUGUAAAACUCGAAGGAAACUCUCUCUUUUCAUCAGGAGACAUUGCAGGUGCAGCUGAGAAGUACUCUGAAGCAUUGUCUCUAUGUCCAAUGAGGUCAAAGAAGGAGAGAGUUGUGUUAUACAGCAACCGAGCUCAGUGUCAUCUCCUGCUUCAACAGCCUCUGGUUGCUAUAAGCGACGCCACACGUGCUCUCUCCUUGCACAACCCUGUGAACAGACAUGCAAAGAGUCUUUGGAGAAGAGCUCAGGCUUAUGAUAUGUUGGGAUUAGCUAAAGAGAGUUUGUUAGAUGCCAUUCUGUUUAUUAAUGAGUGUUCUCAGUCCAAUGAUCCGGAUCUCUCCAUGAGACAGAACAAGGUUCCUGAUUACGCAGAGAGGUUGGUGAAGAAGCAGAUGAGAGCUGCUUGGUUGUUUAAAGAAGCGGCGUUGAAGCAUGGAGGUGUGCAUAGGAAAGGAGAAGAGAGGGAAGUGUAUGGUAAUGAGAGUGAUGAUUCUGAGUGGGAGACUGCUAGUGAGAGUGAUAUUGGAGAUGAUGGAAGGGAUCAUAUGGGACUUGAUGAUGAUGAGGAAGAGGAAGUUGAAGGCCAUGGAGAGAAGUGGAAGAACCGGGAUAAAUCUGCUGAUAAAGCUUCUGCUAAAGGUAUGAGGCAUGGAUACAACAUAAAGCUAGCAGAAGAGGAAAUGUGAAGAAGACCAAUGCAACAAGGUCCUUGAGAGAAGUUGAGAAGAAAAAAAUUGUUUGUUUUGUUUUUUCCAGUGAUUUUAUUUAUUUUUGUUUUGGUGUGUAUGUAACUAAGAAUUAUUCAAGAGGAUGUGAGUUUCAAUUUGUAUAAAUUACAUUCUCUCUUGUGUUAAGAAAUGAUUUUAUUGGGAGAUUUGUUGAUUUUCUUUGUCAAUGAUUAGGAGAGAUUUUAGAUGG